UUCCCGCCUGCUCUGCCGGGGUCAUCUCCCGCCGCCUUUGUCAGCAGCCGCAGCCCGGGCCGGCCCGCUCCCUCCUCGGGAGCCCGCGCACGCCGCCGGCCGGACUUUGGCGCUGCGUCGGGCGCUGCCGCUGUGUGCUAGGGCCCGGCUCGGCGUCGGCUGUGCUCGGGAAGCGGACGGCGAGGGGCAGCUGGGACCCCAGGCCCAACAUGGCUGAAGUCAGCAUCGACCAGUCCAAGCUGCCGGGUGUCAAGGAAGUGUGCAGAGAUUUUGCUGUCCUGGAGGACCACACCUUGGCUCACAGUCUGCAGGAACAAGAGAUUGAGCAUCACUUGGCAUCGAACGUUCAGAGGAGCCGUUUGGUCCAGCAUGAUCUGCAGGUGGCUAAGCAGCUCCAAGAGGAAGAUCUGAAAGCCCAGGCUCAGCUCCAAAAGCGCUACAAAGACCUUGAACAACAAGACUGUGAAAUUGCUCAGGAAAUUCAGGAGAAGCUGACUAUUGAGGCAGAGAGACGACGCAUUCAGGAGAAGAAGGAUGAGGACAUAGCUCGCCUUUUGCAAGAAAAAGAGUUACAAGAAGAGAAAAGGCGAAAGAAACACAUUCCAGAGUUCUCUGGAGCCAAUGAAUAUGGAGAUGGUUACUAUUAUGAAGAUGGAGACCAACCAAGGUCAAGGAGGGCCAGAGAAUUGGGUUCUGGAUACUCACGGUCUCAUAGACUCCAAGGUGAUGGAAAGACUGUGAAGCAAAGGAAGAAGAAACCAGAUCCUCCACUGGAGCCCUUGGAAGAUCAGGAUGAGCAUUGUUCGUCACAGAGAUCCCUGUCAUCCUCCAGCUGGGGUGAAGGGAGGGAUGAUCCUCACGGUAACAGGGAGCAGCGUGAGAGGAAGUGGUCUGGUCAGGAGAGGCACCGGAGACCUCCGCUCCCCAAGAUCAGUGGUGAGGUGUUUUUGACCACUGUGUCUGAUGACUGGGAGGCUAACAAUGGCCAUCGAACUCGGAAUUUGGGAAAACGGUCCCGACACCAAGACCGACUUUCACCUGUGUCCUCACAGAAAGCAGGGCUUCACUGCAAGGAAUCAGUAUGUGGGAGGGACCGGGGGCAAGGUGAGCACAGAGAAAGGAGACACAGACCCAGGUCUCCUCCCUUCUCAGAGAGUGAGGAGCGGCUUCACCUCCAUGACACAGGAACGAAGCCACGAGUGAUGAAAGAUGCUAUGUCUACUCCAUCACGAGUAACCCACAGGGAUCAGGAAUGGUAUGAUGCUGAAAUAGCCAGAAAACUGCAAGAAGAAGAACUUCUGGCUACCCAAGUAGACAUGAGAGCAGCUCAGGUCGCCCAGGAUGAAGAAAUUGCUCGACUCCUAAUGGCUGAAGAAAAGAAAGCUUACAAGAAAGCCAGGGAACGGGAAAAGUCAUCUUUGGAAAAAAGAAAGCAUGAUCCAGAAUGGAAGCUAAAAUCAGCUAAAUCAGUGCAUCCAAAGUCAAAAGAGAGUGAUGAACCUCACCGUUCUAAGAAUGACAGGCCAGCACGAAUAUCUUUUAAAUUCUGGCUUCCCUUCAGACCACCACCACCUACCACGACAGAAGCUGAGGAUACGGAUUAUACUCAUUUUACAAAGCAGCACAGUUCCACCCGUCAUUUCUCAAAAGCAGAGUCCUCUCAUAAAGGUUUCCAUUACAAGCAGUAAAAAACAGGAAUCUGGCUUGAAAAUGGACUCACUGUAGCAGAUAUUGCUGGAUGAUACAGAAUGCAUUCCACACUUUUUUCCCUCCAUUGUUUGCAGUCCUGGGAUUUAUCUCGGGGUUUUGUCUGACCAUAAAUAUUUUUAAUUCAUUUCAAAUGCUUUGGUUACUCCUGAUCACUUGGGCAGUGUAAGAAAAUGUAGCUUCUGACUAAUGGCAACCUCUAUGCUGCAUAUCCUUCCUGGGAUAUAGUAUCCAAGAGCACUGUAAAAUGCCCUUUUGUUAAGUAUGGAAUAUUGGUCUCUAGGGUCUAGACUUUGUUUAGCAAUUAGAAUUAUAUGGAGAUGAAUAGAUAAAGUAAAGUAUGUUUGGGUGCAGCACAGAAUAAAAGAAUGUAAGAUGUAGCUUUUUUUGGUGUAUUAGUUUAUCAUGUUUUGAAGGACAGAGCCUUGGCUUUUUGUACUCUACAGGAAGAGAAUAAAAAAAAAAAAACCAUAAAGUAUGAAAAAAGAAAAUUCACGCAACAGUUGAAAUCUAAAUACCUGGACUGUGGAGGUUUUGGAUAUCCUUAAAGGAGUAAAUUGGCUAGAUAUUCACUCUGUUGCUUCCUCAGUACCAAGGCUUUCUGAAGCUGCUGGGCGAUGGAUCUUGUGUCAGUUUCUAUGAGAAAAACUUAAUUCUCUGAAAUGUUAGCUCAGCUCCAUGCAAAUUCAACUGAAAAUAUUGUUUCUAUCCUUUCUUUUGUUUUGCUUGUGGAGCCAAAGGAAAUGGAAAGCAGUUGUGUAAGUGAUAAUGCUGUCAGUCUUUCUGACUAUAGAUUGAAGGUUUUAUUCUUGCUUACAAAACAUAAAUAUUUGUUGGCAGCCUCUCAGUGUUGUUUUGUAUACCUAUCAGUAAUAUUAACUCAACAUCAAGUUUGAUUAAGUAAUUCUUUUACCAAGAUUCUACUUACUUGUUAAUGAGCUUUAUAUUCCUUUGUAUAAGACCUUUAAAGCCUCCCUUCAGGAAAUUUAGUCUUGGUUGCUAACCUCAUAGAAAUGCUUAUUUUCCUAUAUUACUUAGUUAACACAAAUGGUAGCCAAAGUGUGUGUGUUUGUAUUAACAUAUAUACAUUCUCACACACAUGCACAUAUGUAUGUAGUAUAUGUACAUAUUUGCAUAUUUAUACAUUAUACAUAUAUGUAUCAGCUUGGCUUGAUAUUCUUUUUCACUGUAUGAAAUUGACAUUUUUGGAAUUUUGACAUAGGGUUUGUUUAGGAAAGAAAUAUAUACAUGACUAGGAAAAAAAUUCUUAAUUUGUUUCCUAGUGAGAACUGCCUUCUCUUUGCCUUAUUUUUCCAGGUAGUCUUAAAAAUCAGGCAGUAUUCAGGAAGCUGUUUAGGAAUGUUUUUUGGAGUAGAUUUGGAACUGUCAUUUUGAGAAAGAUGUUUGAUUUCAUAAAGAUUUUGUAGUAUAGGAGGUUGAGUGAUGUCAUCUGAGAGUUAAGUUUUAUGCAAAUGAAAACAUAGAAAUAAAAUAAUAAGGGAUAUUGUCAUUUUAGAGAAAUCGAGGACAGAGUAAAUAAUAGAACUUUGGAUGGCUGUGAUGAAAUUAACAUAGAAAAAUAGUCAUUUAGAUAGGAAAGUGGAGACAAUGUGGAGGUUCUGGCCUUAAGUCAAAUUCCAGAUAGUGAUUUCAAUAGUCAAAAGCUAGACCUUGUUGACUUAUACUAAUGCUAUAUUUUUCUUUAUCUGCCCUGUGAUUUUUCUUCAUAUUUUUAAAAGUUUUUUAUGGUAACUUUAAAGAAAAAAAAUACAGUAAUAUUUUUAUUUGAUAAUGAGGCAAAUGGACAUCAUCAUUUGCCAUAUUUUUAUUUUAAAAAUGUUUAUUUUUCUAUCAUACAACAAUCAGUUUUAUUUCAAAACUUCUGCAUUUUCUUGCCUCUCAUGUACUUUGUUCAUUCAUAAUUUAUUAUUGUAAAAUACUAACAGGAGAUACUCCAUUCAAAAUGAUGUCAGGCCACUUAACCAGACUGUUAGUGUUUUAACUGUCUUAAUGAGUGACCAAAGGUGGUAAUUCCCUUGUGCUAUCCAGUUCAACAUAUGUAUUGAAAAUGUGUUACUUUUUUUAGGUUUUUAAAAAAUUAAAAAUUUAAAAAUUUUAUCUUUAUUUUAUUUUUUUGUAAAGCAGACACUUUUUAAAGAAUAUCAGAGUAAUUAUUUCCCUAUGAAUAAGAAGGUGGAAAUCUAAUUCUACUGAUUAAAUAUUCUUUCUCUUUCAAAUAAUUAUCUUUGAGACAAUAGAAGCAACUAGUAACUGUACUUUAAUGAAUUACUAGACACUCUUCCCUGUGUUCUCCGUUUUAUACUUUGUCAUUUUAAUAUAAAUAUGGAAGCAUUUUGUUCCUAAUUCUGCUAGAACACAUACCAUUUAAUUUUUAGAGCCACAGUAUAUUAUGCUUUAAUAUUGUGAUAUAAACUAAUGCUUCUGGCCUUGGAAAAUCUUUUUGUUUUUUUCUCUGCUCCCUGGAGACCAGGCCUCCAUUAAUACCAGUAUUGCUGAAUGAGCACAAUGUGUUAACGGAGCUGUAUCGAAGGCUGCUUACAUGUAUGUCUUCUUUCCUCCACCUAACUUUUUGUAAAGUAUUGCCUGGAAGGGAGGUUAUAGAGUCAGGCUAAAGGUCCUAACUUUAAAAAAAAAAAAAAAAACACACACACAGACAAACAAAACCCUUGACUAGUGUUCAAACCACUGUUAGACCCAAUUAUGUUUUAGGAGACUGGACAUAUGCUUUACCUGCUUUAAAAGAGGACUAGACAAUGACUUGGCAUACCGUUUAUUACUGUUUCUCAAGUGACUUCACAACAACCAGCAGCAUACUAAUGAACUGCAAAAAGUGCCAUAUGGUUUUUGAUCAUAGAGAAACAUCUAAAUUAGAAAAGAGCUGGAUAGAUGCUCCUAGGAGGAAAAUUUCAAAAUGAUGAUGGACACUUGGAUCCAGGUCAACAUAUUGUACAUUCGGUCUUGAGCUCCACUGAACUCACUCUAGAAAACCGUAAGCCUGCCUCAUUUCCCUCUUUUCAUCUCUGCUGUGACUUGAAACUGAACUGAAUGAUGAAUACAUUCAUUUCUGAUAGUCGUCCAUUCCUUUUCCUUAAAGCCAGAAUGUUUCAUUAUGCAAGUGAAGAACUUUUAACUGAUAAUUAUUUUUAUUAAGUAUGAUUGAGUCUUCUCCAAACUUGUGUUGUGCCAAAUUGGAAAUAACCUAAUUAUAACCUGGUGCAUUCAGUUUACCACACAAGUGGUUAACAUUUUACAGCCUUGAUUUUCAAUGUCUGUUGCCAUUGUAUAAAAAUCAUUUUGGUCAAUGGAUAUCAAAAUGAUUCAUUAUUUAGUGAUGAUUCUGUUGAAAGAUAACUGUAGUGAUUGACUAUAAAACUUUGUACCCUAGUAAAACUAUGUAAGCAGCUUUCUGAAGGACAGAGAACUGAAUAUAGCUUGCAGUUAAAGGCUUUUUCCCCCACUCCAUUUUUGAAAGACAGUAUUAGUGUAGGAAGCAUUAACAUUGAAAGGGAAUGCUGGUCAGGUCAAUUUCACUGUAAAUACUGUGCCAUAGUCUGAUAACAUAGGCUUUUUAGAAACAAUCAUAAAUCAUACCUGAUUGUUCAGCAAAAGUGAAAAGAUUAGUAAGGAUGUACUUUGUCCAUUGUUACUCAUAUUCAGAGAAAUGACUGUAAGAAAUGGUCCCAUUUUUCUCCUCAUAUCUCGUGGUGCCUGUGUGUCUUAAGAAGCCAUAUCUGCUUAUCUUACUGUUGAUAGAAAGCUCUUUUCUUCUUAGCCCAUGAUAGGCAAUAUGGGCCACGAGAAGCAAACUUGGUACUUUCCUGUAAAUGCUGCAAGGGGCACCAUGACAUCUAAGCUCUUGGUGGAAGAAUCUCUUUUAUCCUAUGGUAUGUGACACUGUUAAAGGAAAGAGUCGGAGCUGUUGUUGCUCCUGGCAUUUAACAGCUGUAAUUAGAAAUGCUGAAAUUUACUUUUAGAAAAGUCAAGAAGGAGAUGAUAAACUGGGAAAAUGUCAUUGUCACAGAGUCCCAUUCCUGUUGAGACCUGCACUUUAUGCUAACACUGUCUGUAGGGAGUAGUAUUGCCUUAAGUUAGUCUGUCUCCAACCCAGGUCAGUGUACUUCGCUUCCUAUGUGUCAGUUGCCAUCAAGUCUCCAUUGAGAUGUAACAUUCAUAGAUGAUUCUCAAGCAUCCUUGGCAUCAGGAGCUUUGAAUCUCCUUUCCUCUGAGCUGUUCCUGACAUGUAACACUGUUGGUUACAUCAUUUCACCUUGUUCGUGAGUCUCUUCAUGAAUGAGCAGUGAGAUGACAAAAAAAAUUUCCUGGCUGUGUAUAUCUUUCACACCAGGUGAUCACUUUCUGAAUAAUUGAGAGUUAACUAUCGUCCUUUUCUCUGGUGACUAUUCCAAAGGUUCUUUUGUACAGUGAAGAUGGUCAUAUUAUCUAUUUAUAAGAAGUUCUCCAAUACUCUGUUUAUUGAAAUGCUUACAGCAAAAGGGAGAAAACCAAAGCAGAGACAUUUAGUGGAAAUGAGACAUUUGCUGACAUGAAGAGUGUGUCUAUUACUUUUAAGAGGAAAUUGGGAAAACUUUUGCUAUGGUAGGGAAGACACUGGAGUGUUUUUUAAAGGUUCUAUUAAAUGCUACAAAGUAACAUGAUCAUAUGACUAGUGAUGUUGAUUUGUGGAAUUAUCUGACUGUAAAAUCCAUUCUGUUUCCAUUAAUGUGUAUGUGAACACUGCUUACUAACAUGUUCCUGAUGGAUUUAGUAUCUUUUGUGUAUUCUCUGCAAAGUAGAAUAUGUUUUUCUCUUUUUGAGUGACUUUGAAACAUAGGAAAUCAGCACUGUACUAAACUGGUUUCAGCAUUUCAGAUGAGAGCAGAAUUAAUUACCUGACUCACUCUGCCCCAUGGUUCAUUGCUGAGGUUCUUACGUAAAGAGCAAAAGAAGUGAAAGACAGGGCUUGAGUAACAUUUCCUUCACAAAAGAGCAAAGAUUAGGAACAAUGGAAAGAAGAUAGUUGAGAGGAGAAACCAUGUCAGAUCAUAUACUUAAGAUAUCAUUUUAUUGCACUGGAUUUCAGACCAUAAUUGCUAAAUCAGUUUCUAGUUGUUAAAUUUGGUGAGAGAGGUUUUGACAUCAGAAUUUUUGUACUUAUGAUUAAAUUAUUCCCUGAAAUCCCCAUAGGCUGUAACUUCAGCUCCUACUUUAAACUUGAAAGUCAAAUUCCCUUUCUCAGAAAUAACGAUAUUUUUCACCUGCCUUGUACUGAUAGCCUAGUAUUCAUUUCAUGAAGUGUUGUAAAUAAUGAGAACAGUGGGGAGAUAGCAUAUAAAAAUGAUGUUCCAAAAUGAGAAUUCUCUGUAAUGGAAUUUCCCCUAACAAGAAUCCAUCCCAGCACUAUAUUUAUAUUCUGGAAAGGUGCUGAAUUAAAAAUCACAGAAGUUUGCUCAUAUAAAUCAAGUUGCUCAGGAAAUUUGAGAUGAUGCUAUUAUUUAUCUUACAGUUUGGGAAAGUAAUCUCUUGAGGCAGACUAAAAACAUUCAGACACUUUCAGAUUUUUGGAGCCCCUCUGAAAAUUUGGAAUAUGGAUAUGCUUAUAAAGAUAAGUGACUAUCCCAAGUGCUUAUGAAUUUAUAGCCAACCCCAAAGGCAGCUUUGAAAGAACUAUCUCAUGGGAACUAAGAUAAACUUGAUGGAGAAUAGUUGCCUGUCUGAGGGCAAAAAAAAGGUCACCUUGAACCACAUGCCUAAUUAGAGAUUAAAUGAAACUGUGAGGGACAUUUUGUGGGUGCCUUAAAGGUGACUGGUGGUGGGUACUGGUAUAUGCACCCAUCUGGACUAGACUAAGGGAAACAGUCUAUUUCAAUUCACCUUCAUACAGCACAAGUUGUUCCUGCUUAUCACCUCCCUGAGGAAAAUGAGUAACAUGGUGCUGGUGAUUUCCAUGUGUCUUGAGAGGUAGAGCAGGUCAGCUUCAUAUAAGGCACUCUCCGGUGCUCAAGCCUCCCUUAAAUGCCAACUGUACAUCCGCAUUAAUUCAUCUAUGCAAGCUUGUGUUUUCAUGAUUUGUUUUUACACAAGGUGUCCCAUUUGGUUCUUUAAACAUCAGGUUUAAUACUGAUAUUAUGAAUAAUUUUUAAACCAAAGUAUUGUAUAAGUCUCUGUGCUUUGUUCUCCUGGAUGGUUUAAUUGAGGUAAACACCAAUCUUGUCUUUCUCUCUUAAUAAAGUCAUCAUUUGUUAAGUCAGUGA